CUGUUUCUUCUUUCAAAUUGUCCUUUAGUCUAUGCUUUGUGUUUGUUGUUAACGCGUUGACUCCACCCAAGUUCCAAAGCAAGUUAUAACGUUUAUUAAAAGCGUUGUUUUAUAAAUAAGAGAUGAAGCAACGAAGUUUAGCGGGUAAUUGUGGUAUUGCAGUGUUUGUCAUUGCCCUUGUGACAGUGGCAUUGGCAUUCGGUACGCCAAAUUGGUUAGUCAGCGACUCUAGGAUACGAGGUGCUAAAAUGGAACGCCUCGGUCUUUGGAGUCACUGCUUCAGAUCAUUACCUGAUCCCUUGGACCAAUACCAGAGACGAUUCUUUGUCGGAUGUCGGUGGGUUUACGACCCGUUUACGACAGGAUACGACAAAAUACGCGGAUAUUUGCUUCCAGCGUUCAUGAUAGCAACCCAGUUCUUCUUCACCAUAUGCCUUAUCGGUGUUCUGAUAUCAAUGAUAUUGGUUUUAAUAUUCUUCCUCUGCUGCGGACCGGAGCAGGAUAGAUAUGAAUUACUGAUCAAGAGUAUAGGAUAUAUUAUGUUAACUGCAGGAAUCAGUGGUUGUAUAGCAGUCAUUGUCUUCGCUUGUACGGGGAACACUGAUGGAUGGAUGCCGGAUCACGCGAAUAAUUAUUUAGGCUGGUCCUUCGGUUUGGGAGUAGUAGGAGCUGUUGCAUGUUUAAUAACAGGUGCAUUAUUCCUGACGGAGGCAAAUAUACAGAUGAAGAAGAGAAGGAGAUUUAAGGAGUCUCAAGCACGAUUUGAGUUGGAAGAGGAGUCUAAAGCAUAGUGCCUUUAUUAUGUAAGGAAUAUAAAUCACUAAUCCAGACAAUUUUUCUUAUAAAAACAACGGUCUAAAUGCACUGUUUUAGCUAAAGUACAUCUGUCUCUUUUUAUCACAGUGUAAACACAAUUUGAUAGAAAGGGACGAAAGAGUGCUUUAGCUGUCAGAAUUCAAUUUAGACUGAUCUAGUUUUAAUGAAUGAAGUAUUUUGUAAUUUCCACCAAAACCUAGAUUUUAUAUUAUUUUUUUGCCUUUCACUAUACCCAUCGACAAAAAUAUUUAGCUAAACGCAAAUCAAUACCUCAUCCUGCCAUCUUGCAAACAGAAAUACGCGCGCAAAUUAAACUUCACAUGUCAAAAGAUUUAGCAUAUUUUGAUAGAUGACAGCAUUAUUAUUAUACGUAUAUUAGAGUGCGAAUCAAUAUUGUUUAAAUAAUAGAAGUGUACUAUAUAUUUUAUACACUAAUAUUAUUAAUAUCUCUGAGUAACAUAGGUUAUAUAAAUUUAAACAAAUGCCGUCCUUUGCAAGCCGUCCUAUACAAUAUUUUAUAUUUUCUAGUUCAUAAGCAUUUCUUCAUAUAAAAUAUCAGUGUCUGAAGUUGCUUAUGAAUAUUUAUAUUUAGUUUUUGCUUUUAAAAUAUUAUUACAAUCACUAAAGAUAACUGAUAGCCCUAAUCACAUAUUAUUUAUAUGAAUCAAAUGUACUGUUUAACAACAUAAAAAAAGUUACUUUGACUUGUUUUUCAUUUGUUGUUUGACAUUUGACAAUUUACUAUUAGGAUCUAUUUAGGCUCUCAAGCAUUUGUAAAAUUUUUGUGCAACUAUUUUGAUUCAAUACAUUCCGGCUAACAAUGAAAUACUAAAUAAAAUAUUAAUAACGAUUAUUUAAAUUUUUCGGAAUUAACAAAUGCACUUAGAUGUAUGUAUUUAAAUGUAACUCUAAAACAGCAGGCAUUUUUUUAUAGAUUUGUCCUCCGUCCAUAGAGUAAGUUUUUUUGUGUUAUAUGUACCCUGUAAUAUUCUCUCAUUAUAAUUGAAAUAUAAAGCAAACCACCUAUUUUAGCUACAAGCAAUUGUUGUAGGUAAAUACUGAUAUAAAUUUACUCCAUUAUUAUAAGAAAAAAAUUGUUUAACUCAACAUCUUAUGCAUCGUGGUUAAACACAAAUGUUUAGUAUGAGAUAAAAAAUAGCUUAUUUCAACACUGCAAUUAGGCAGCUUUAGUUGUUAUUAAUAAUGGGAAAAGAAUCUUAAAAUAUUCCGUCCAAACUUUAAAAUAUUUUUUUGGUUAAGUGAAUUGUGCCGUCCUCAAUUUUGUAUACUAUAAGUAUUUUUUAUUGUAUUAAUCUCAAAACAUUUUGUAUAUCAAUGUAACUUAGUAACUGCCACUUAUAUUUAAGAGCAAAUUUAUUACAUCAGCUGUAAGCACUAAUUUAAGAGCAAAUUUAUUACAUCAGCUGUAAGCACUGACUUUUACACUGACUUUUAAUAGAAUGUCCUGAUCUUUCUGUAUACUUAGACACUCUUUAAGUUCUUUGUACGUACUUUUCUAUGUUGUCUAUGUAUCAAUAUCUGAGGCGCUGCUAACGCUUGCAAUCACGUGUUAGGAAAACUCAACAAUAAAGCCGGAAUCAUAAAUGAAAGUAACAGAGUGCUGGUGCUGCUCUUCACGAAACACUUUCUGUUCCAUAAUGUGCCUAAUUAAGUUAGUUUUUAGUUAUUGUAUGAAAUUUUAAUAAAUUUAUACAGUUAAAAAUA